GAUUUUCGGUGAAAGCAAUGUAUCAAUCUUGUUUAUGAAUUGAUUCAGAAUUCAAUUUUCCUUCACUGGCAUGUGCCAUUAGUUAAUCUGCAAUGGAUUUUCUUCUUCUUCUUCUUCUUCACCUUCUUGGCUUGGACUGUGGAGUGUGGAGUUGACACCAUGACAGCAAUAAUGAAAGCUAAUUAUAAAUCUCCCCAACUGUCACUCUCCCCUUCCCUUCCCUUCCCUUCUCAUAUUUGAACCACCGCCAUCUCCACCAGCACACCAUUUCUCUUUCUCUUCUUCCCCAUACCUCUCCAAUGGCGUGACUCAGUGGUAACUCCUCAACUACUCCCAAAUCCAAACCUUCUUCCAACCUUUCACCGACCCGGCCAAAAAAAUGCUUCUUUUCGUCUUCCUCCUCUUCCUCCCUUCCUUCUCCUCCUCCCUGAACCAGGAGGGACUAUACCUCUACCAGCUCAAGCUCUCCCUCUCCGACCCGGACUCCAAUCUCGCCUCCUGGUCCGACCGCGACGAAAACCCCUGCUCCUGGCCCCGGGUCGCCUGCGACCCGAAAACCCGCUCCGUCACCUCCGUCGACCUCUCCGACUCCAACCUCGCCGGCCCUUUCCCUUUCGUCCUCUGCCGCCUCCGCAGCCUCACUUCCAUCUCCUUCUACAACAACUCCAUCAACGACACUCUGCCCCUCGACAUUUCCUCCUGCCGGUCCCUUGUCCACCUCGAUCUCGCGCAGAACUUCCUCACCGGAACCCUCCCGGAGACUCUACCGGACAUUCCCAAUCUCAAGUACCUCGACCUCACCGGGAACAAUUUUUCGGGAGAGAUUCCGGCCUCCUACGGCAGGUUUCAGAAGCUCGAGGUUUUCUCCGUCGUGUAUAAUCUCUUAGAUGGUGUCGUCCCCCCCUUUUUGGGGAACGUUUCGACUCUGAAGAUGCUGAAUCUGUCCUACAACCCGUUUUCUCCCGGUCGGAUCCCGGCGGAGCUUGGGAAUUUGACGAAUCUGGAGAUACUCUGGAUGACGGAAUGUAAUUUAAUUGGGGAAAUUCCUUCCUCUCUCGGUCGGUUGAAGAAGCUGACCGAUUUGGACCUUGCUAUUAACGAUUUGGUCGGCGGGAUUCCGAGUUCGCUCGCCGGGUUGAGCAGCUUGGUUCAGAUGGAGCUCUACAACAACUCGCUGACCGGAGAGUUACCGGCGGGGAUGGGGAACAUGACUGGGUUACGGCUCCUCGACGCGUCGAUGAACCGGCUGACCGGUUCGAUUCCGGAAGAUUUGUGUCGGUUGCCGUUGGAGAGUCUCAAUCUCUACGAGAACGGAUUCGAAGGCAACUUACCGGCGAGCAUUUCCUUUUCCCCAAAUUUGUUCGAGCUCCGGCUGUUCGGCAACAGACUGACCGGCGACCUGCCUCAAAAUCUCGGCAAAAACUCGCCGUUGAGAUGGCUGGACCUGUCGAAUAAUCAGUUCACCGGUAAUCUCCCGGCGACGCUCUGCGAGAAGGGGGAGCUCGAGGAGCUCCUCGCCUUGUCCAAUUCGCUCUCCGGUCAAAUCCCGGCGAGCUUGACCGCGUGCCGGAGCUUGGCCCGAGUCCGAUUGGGGAACAACGAGUUAUCCGGCGAGAUACCCGCCGGAUUCUGGGGCCUGCCCCGAGUUUAUCUCGUCGAUCUCGUCAACAACUCGUUCUCGGGACAAAUCGCGAAAACCAUCGCCAGCGCAGCGAAUUUGUCGAUGCUGAUUCUGGAUAAGAACGGGUUCACCGGCUCGAUUCCGGAGGAAAUCGGUUGGGUCGGUGGUUUGGUCGAGUUUGCAGCUAGUGAGAAUCGGUUCACCGGCCCGCUCCCCGGAAGUAUUCUCAAUCUCAAACAAUUGGGGAAAUUGGAUCUUCACGAUAAUCUUCUCUCCGGCGAGCUGCCCUCUGAAAUUGAUUCGUGGAAGAAGAUAAACGAGUUGAAUCUCGCCCGGAACCAAUUCUCCGGCGAAAUCCCCGACUCCGUCGGUAAGCUCUCUCUUCUCAACUACCUCGAUUUAUCCGGCAACCAGCUCUCCGGCGAAAUCCCAUCCAGUCUCCAGAACCUGAAGCUCAACCAGCUCAACUUCUCGAACAACAAGCUCUCCGGCGAGAUUCCGCCGCUUUACGCCAAGGAAAUUUACAAGAGCAGCUUUCUGGGGAAUCCCAGAUUGUGCGGCGAAAUAGCCGGAUUGUGUCAGGGGAAAAGGAAUACCCAGGAUUACGCCUGGCUGCUCAGGUCGAUUUUCAUCCUCGCCGUGAUAACCUUCCUCGUCGGAGUCGUCUGGUUCUACUUCAGGUACAGGAACAUCAAAUCCCCCGGCGGCGGCGGCCGGUCAAUCGACAAAUCGAAAUGGACCCUAAUGUCGUUCCACAAGCUAGGGUUCAGCGAGUACGAAAUCCUCGACGCGCUAGACGACGACAAUGUGAUUGGAAGCGGGUCGUCGGGUCGGGUUUACAAGGUCGUGCUCAGCAACGGCGAAGCCGUUGCCGUGAAGAAGCUCUGGGGUGGUGGAGCGAAGAAGGAAAGCGGCGGCGAUGUGGAGAAAGGAGUUAGUAAUGACAGGGACGAUGAUGGGUUCGAUGCGGAAGUGGGGACUUUAGGCAAGAUCCGGCAUAAGAACAUUGUGAAGCUGUGGUGCUGUUGCGUCACUAGGGACUGCAAGCUUCUGGUAUACGAGUACAUGCCGAAUGGCAGCUUGGGCGACCUGCUGCACAGCAGCAAGCGAGGGUUGCUGGAUUGGCCAACGAGGUUUAAGAUCAUCCUGGACGCGGCGGAGGGCAUUUCGUACUUGCAUCACGAUUGUGUGCCGCCGAUUGUUCAUAGAGAUGUCAAGUCCAACAACAUUUUGCUCGACAGCGAAUUCGGAGCUAGGGUGGCCGAUUUCGGAGUAGCCAAGGUUGUGGAUUCCCCCAUGGGCAAACCCAAGUCUAUGUCUGUCAUUGCAGGUUCCUGUGGCUACAUUGCUCCAGAGUAUGCUUACACAUUGCGUGUGAACGAGAAGAGCGACAUAUACAGCUUCGGAGUUGUGGUCCUCGAGCUGGUGACCGGAAGGCUACCGGUGGACCCUGAGUUUGGGGAGAAAGAUCUGGCGAGGUGGGUACGAACCACGAUUGACCAGAAAGGGGUCGACCACGUUCUGGACUCGAAGCUCGAUAUGUGUUUCAAGGAAGAGAUAUGCAGGGUUCUCAACAUCGGGAUCCUCUGCACGAGCCAUCUCCCCAUCAACCGGCCCUCCAUGAGGAGGGUGGUGAAGCAGCUGCAAGAAAUCGGGGGAGAAGCUCAGUCGAAGAUGACGAAAGAUGGCAAACUGACACCGUAUUACUACGAGGAUGCCUCGGAUCAAGGGAGUGUUGUAUGAUUUUUGGAACAGAGAUGAUUACUGGAGGUGGGAUUUUGAGAACCCUAGUUUGUUUUUUUGCACUGUGGGUUUGGCGUUGGGAAAGUGAUUGAUUCUAUAGGAAUGCAUUCUGCAUUGUACAGUGUUCUAGUUAAAAAAAGAGUUGAGAACCCACCAAGCCUGCAGAUUUGUCAGGUUAGUUUCAAUGAGUAUCCAUCCUAUGAUUUCAGGUGUGGGGUAAAUUCCUGCUUUGGUUGUAAACAGUAUUUUCUAGGUUUCAACUAGUAAUGUAUAUUCAUGAGUAAGUCGUACCGCCUAGUAACGAUGGAAACGGGAAGUGGUAAUGCAGCACUACGCUAACGUGAUUUUGAUAAUUCGUUAUGUCGUAACUCCUAAAUCGUCGAUAGAGGAUCAGAUUCGCACCGUGGAUUGUAACAUUUCGCGACCCACACAACGUGUUACAGAAGUGGAAAAGAGUUGGG